AUGGGAAUAAACCCUUUUCCCCACCUUCCCCUUUGGUUUCAUUUUACAAUAAAAACUCACCACUAUGUUACAUGUUUUCUCUUUCCAGAAACGUGUGUGUUUGCCUUCCUCGGUCUCUCCAUCUUCAGCUUCCCUCAUAACUUUGAAAUAUCCUUCGUCGUCUGGUGCAUAGUCCUGGUUCUUCUAGGCCGAGCAAUAAACAUCUUCCCCCUGUCAUUCCUGCUCAACUUCUUCAGAGAUCACAAGAUCACUCCCAAAAUGAUGUUCAUCAUGUGGUUUAGUGGUUUGCGAGGUGCCAUCCCUUACGCCUUGAGUCUCCAUUUGGGCCUGGAGCCAAUUGAGAAAAGGCAGCUUAUUGGCACCACCACCAUCAUCAUUGUUCUCUUCACCAUCCUCCUCAUGGGGGGCGGGACCAUGCCACUCAUUCGCAUCAUGGACAUCGAGGAAAGCAAGUCGCGGCGUAAGAACAAGAAAGACAUCAAUCUCAGCAAGACGAAGAAAAUGGGUAAUACCAUUGAAUCCGAGCACCUUUCUGAGCUGACAGAGGAGGAGUACGAGGCGCAUAUCUACCAGAGGCAAGAUCUGAAGGGCUUUAUGUGGCUAGAUGCUAAAUACCUUAACCCCUUCUUCACUCGCAGGCUCACUCAAGAGGACCUGUUACAUGGCCGGAUCCAGAUGAAGACGCUGACCAACAAGUGGUACGAAGAAGUUCGCCAAGGACCCUCAGGCUCCGAGAAUGAUGAUGAUGAAGCUGAACUUCUUUGAACCUAGCAAACAUUUUCCGUGUGAAUGUGCACAGUGGUUCUGAAAUGUGUCAAAUUCCAGUGGGGUUCCUGUAAAACUGGAAUCCUAAAUUGUAACACUGGAACCAAAAAAAGACUUACCUGUGAAAUGAUAUUUCUCCUAUAAAUGCUAUAUUGUUACUUGCUAAAGAAACACAGGAAGUUUGGUUGAUCUCUUUCCCUGAUGCUUCUUUACAACACGAAGGUCUGAAUGUCAUAUGGGUAUGUUAAGCAAUACUAGAGCACCUUUUUGGCUUUGGUUGGUCCUUCACUUUUGUAUUGUCUCUGAUCUUUUUAACAUAAGCUUCAUUUUAAUUGAAGUCUGUGUCAGGGGAAGGAUGCAUCAUACUGUUGCUACAGGCUUUAUUUUAAAAGUAUGAUUUGAAAUAGGCCACAGGUUGCAGCUUUAAGUGGCUUCCUGUUGAACUAGAUUUAAUUCUCUCCAGGUUUCUACAUGUGUAUGCAUUAAUGAAUCUGACUGAACCCAUACUGUACAUAUAUAAUGAAGAUAAAACAAAUAUUUUUUUCUCUGAUGACUCAUUUUGUCCGACUUGCUCUGGAGGCUCUCCUACAUGAGACGUUGAAAUCUCGCGGGACAAAGACGCCCGUAGACUUGAGAACGAGGCGGCGCAGUUUCUCUCCACGGGCUGCGGAAGCGAAAUGCUUGAUGGUCGCCUAACCAGCAGUGAAGCUGAGCGUCCACUACAGCCUCCAGUAACACAGCAAAUGAAGAUAAAUACUGGAGAGAGUUAAAACUAAUGAAAAUAAUCAUUUUCCAAACAUUAAACAUCUCGCUUACAGGAUAAUAAUUAUGCUCAAGGAUAUUGCUUUCAUUUGCAAUCAUGGAUACGGUUUGCCUUCACCAGAUCAAGUUUUCUGUUUCUGUUUCAGUCUCUGGCGAGGCUCUUUCCACAAAAUGUGUAUGUAAGGAAAUGUUGCUUUUGUGAUUGUUCACUAUGUAUUCCUAAUGAACAUAGGAAGCAAUGAAUGUGUGGGUAACUGGGAUCAAUAACUUGUGAAUCUAUUUAUUUAUCAAAUAUGUAUUUGUUGUUGGUGGGACAAAAGCUUUUUUACUAGCUCUAUGAGCACUGCAGAAAAAUAGGAACAAAUAUUAAAUAAAACAAUAUUGACAUCCUAAA